UUCAACCUCAUCAUCCGCAUGUACUAGAAGAUGUAGUAAUAAUUGAAAACUUAUUCAACCAACCAACCAACCAACGGCAGUUCCAAAGAUUCUGCCUCUUCGAAUCUAGCUCAUGGAUAUUCAUUACCUAGCUUCACCCUACUUCACUAAUAAUGGAAAGAUCGUCAAAAGAAAUUAUGAAUCAAGAUCACGUUCUGGAUGGGCAAAAUUAUCAUUAUGGCAUCAAGAGAAGAAGACAAUUCUCUUGAAAUAUAGAAUGUAUGAUCUCCUAUUAUCAGAAAAGCCAACGCCAAAUUGUUGGAAAAUUUCAGCAACAAAAGGGGGGAAAGAAUGCUCGGAAGAGGCUCCGAAAAGUUGCAAGAAAAAAGGGACAGUAGCUGGUGCUGUUGCUCUAAUCAUUGGAACAAGUAUUGGUUCUGGGAUCCUUGCCCUUCCCCAAAAAACUUCCCUGGCGGGACUAAUCCCAAGUUCAAUAGCUAUGACAAUGUGUUGGGCAUUUCUACUGAUCGAAGCACUUCUGCUAGUUGAAAUCAAUGUGGGUUUACUCAAAAGGAACAAAGUGAAAUUUGAAGAGAGUGAACUAGAGGUCAUUUCCAUUAGAACAAUGGCUGAAGAAACACUAGGAGAAUGGGGUGGAGCCUUGGCUACUGUAACCUAUGUCUUCUUAGGAUAUACUUCAAUGAUUGCUUACAUUUCCAAGUCGGGGGAAAUCCUCUGCCAUUUGAUCAAUCUCCCGGAAUCAGUUUUGGGCUUUCUCUUCACUUCCCUCUUCACAAUUCUCAUAUCUGUAUGUGGGACAAAAGCCAUUGAUCAAGUCAACCAGUGGCUCACUGCUCUUAUGAUAGGACUGCUUGUGGCAAUUGAGGUUCUAAUCAUUCUGUAUGGAGGGUGGUCAGGAGAUGAAGGAAGCAGUGACUGGGGAGAAGUUCCGCCAGUAAUACCCGUAUUAAUAUUCUCUUUGGUCUACCAUGAUCUAGCACCUGUUCUGUGUGCUUACUUGGAAGGUGAUCUGAAACGAAUAAGAGCUUUAGUGUUGAUUGGUGGUCUGGUUCCACUCCUGGCAUUGCUUGUUUGGGAUGCAAUUGCCUUUGGCCUUUCAUCCCAGGUUGAUCACGUUGCUGACCCUGUUGAAUUACUCCUGAGGGUGAAAUGGAGUGGUGUGUCAUAUAUGGUACAGGCAUUCUCCCUUCUAGCUGUGGGAACAUCUCUAAUUGGUACUCUUCUAAGUUUCUUUGAGUUUCUCAAGGAACAACUCAAUAACCUUGAUCUGCAACCAGAUGUAUACACCAGAUCAAUUUACAGUUCUCAGCUCCGUCUAAGAACAUGGUGGAGAAGAAACAAUUUAGGCUUUACAGCAAUAGCAAUUGCCGCUGCUCCCCCUCUUCUUGUGUCAACAACAAUUCCAGAUGCAUUUUAUGCUGCGACAGAUAUAGCAGGUGGUUACUGCAUGACAAUACUGUAUGGCAUCCUGCCACCAGCAAUGGCAUGGGCUAUGCUUAAUAGCGAAGGCCAGGACAGUGAAAUGAUGAUAUCAAGAGCUCGACCUGCCCUUCUCUCUGUAGGACUAGUUGCUUGUGCGAUAGUUGCACUCCAAAUUCUUCAAGACUUCUCUAUGUCGCAUUCUUGAACUGUAUAAGACUGAUGAGUAAUUACAGAUAGAAACAUCUUCUCAA